AUGAUGGCUUCUAUGAGUGCUGAGGAGUUGGCUGACCAGCCCUUCUCCUCCCGUGUCUGGGCCAGCGUGGGCCGCGUUAGCAGCGCAUACUUGAACAAGUCUAUUUUGUACAUCAAGACUCGUUGGCUUGUGCUUUUUGCGUGUCUGGCUUUCUACAUUGUCCGUGUCUAUUUCUUAGCCGGCUUCUUCGUAGUCAGUUACGGGCUUGGCAUAUACCUUCUGAACCUCUUGAUCGGCUUCAUCUCACCCCAGGUUGACCCGGAAACCGACGAGUACGUCUUGCCUGUCCGGGGCGGGGGAGGUGGCGCUCAGAGCGAGCCAGGAGAGUUUCGCCCGUUUUUGCGUCAAGUUCCAGAGUUUAAAGCAUGGGUCUCGGGCAUGCGGGCGUUGCUGAUUGCCAUCUCCAUGACGUUUUUCGAGGUGUUCGACUUGCCCGUGUUCUGGCCUAUCCUCCUUAUAUACUUCAUUCUUCUUUUUAUCCUCACGAUGAAGCAGCAAGUCAAAAAAAUGAUUAAGUACAAGUACCUUCCUUUCUCUUGGGGCAAGCAAACCUACGGAGACAUCACCCGCGGCAGCGGCCAUAGUGGUCAGAACUCCCCUCCUUCUAAAGCAUCGGUCACUUCAACAGCUACAGCUCCUUCCUACAUAUCUCACGAGCAUUUCGCAGCAACAUACGUCUUGCGCUAA